ACCUUGGCAGAGUUAUUUGAUAAGCUAGAUGCCGCAAGCGGGAUUCUUAAAGCAAUUCCUAGUCAUACAAUCUCGAUGGUUGCAGGCUGCGAUUUGUUUAUGAGACUUGCAAAAGACACUCCCUCUGCAAUUCAGGCUUUUGAAGAUAUCAAGCAGGAUCUUUUCAGAAGAAGUGAUGUGCUGGUCUCGAGCUGUAUUGAAUCAAGAAAAAAAGCAGCUAAUCACGGCUCAAAGUUUAUCAGAGAUGACACUGUUAUUUUAGUUCAUUCAUAUUCACGAGUAGUUAUGAGCAUGCUCACAAAUGCUCCAAACAAGGCACUCAUCAAGGUACUUGUCACAGAGGCUAAACCAUCGGAUUCUGGAAAGCGAGCCGUAGAAGAACUGCGAAAAGCCAAUAUACAGGCAGCACUCAUUAGUGAUUCGGCUGUUGGCCAUAUCAUUGAAAGAGUAGAUAUGGUAUUGGUAGGUGCCGAAGUCGUUGUACAAAAUGGUGGACUGAUCAAUCAAAUUGGCACAUACCAGAUUGCCUUGGUUGCCAAGGCUGCAAAUAAACCAUUCUAUGUGGUUGCAGAAAGUUUCAAGUUUGCUCGGCUAUUUCCAUUGAAUCAAGAUGACUUGCCAAUUAGCUCGCCCAUGUAUUUUACCGAUGAGGAGGAUCAAGGAGAAUGCCGCCUGAGCAAUCCCGAUAUUGAUUAUACACCACCCACGCAUAUCAAUUUGAUAUUCACAGAUGUUGGUGUAUUGACUCCUUCUGGAGUUUCUGAGCAACUCAGUAGGUUUAUUGGUUUGAAUCGCUUUUUGAGUCAAGCCUUGAUACACCUCAAGAGAUCUGACGCGUUUUUUCUUUGCAAACCAACUUUAUCUAACCAGUCAGCACACUUUAAAAAUGGGUCAGCAUGCCAAAGUGUUUUUAAGAAUGAAGCCGCUUUCAUCUCAACGAUAUACGUUUAA